GUCUUUCAGAAGGUAGGUCAACAUAUAAUAAUUUGUGCCCCCCCCCCCCUUCUCUACAUCUCGGUAUGACGCUUCAGUGAGCUGAUUCUUUCUGCUUGAAAUAAAACGACUUGACAUCCUCCCGACAAUUGGGGAAGGGAUGGAGUGAGAGAGCGACGGAUGGAGAGAGCGAGAAAAAAGAGAGCGAGUGAGAAAGAGAGAGAGUGAGAGAGAGAAUAAGGAACUUUGUUACCAGGCGCAGCAGCAUCUCCGUCUGCACUGUCAGAAGAGAAGCAUUUACAGUCGAUCGGCACGUUUUCUUUUUUUUUUUUUUUUUCCAUUCUCUUCAGGACCUCAGGGGGAGCGUGCUGAAGGGAUCCUGUUUUUUGUUGUUGUUUUGACAGAUGAGACAUAAAAGACGUGCCGACUGCAACCCUGCGUUCCAACCCACGGGUGUGAGAUGACACCGAGGAUACUUUAGCGGGACUCUGAUGAGCUCGGACGCCGGGAAAAUGCAUCUCUGGAUCUGGUGUGUGUUGCUGGGCGCAGCCUCGGUGUGCACAGUCGGGAUGUCUUACGGAGGAGGACUCUGUGAAAGGCUGUGUGCAUGUGAGGAGAGAGAGGGGGUACUCACAGUGAGCUGUGAAAACAGGGGAAUUGGGAGUAUCUCUGAAAUAACCCCGCCAAACUUCCCACAGUAUCAUCUGCUGCUCACUGGGAACGUUUUAAAGAGGCUUGCUGCUAAUAACUUUGUCGACUAUCGAGGACUCACCAUAUUACAUCUGGGGAAUAAUGAGAUAUCGCUGAUUGAAGCGGGAGCUUUUACGGGACUUCAGGGAUUAAAGCGAUUACAUCUCAACAAUAACAAAAUUGAUGCCUUGAAGGAGGAGCUUUUCUGGGGCCUUGAAAGUCUGGAGUAUCUGCAACUUGAUUAUAAUUACGUCACCCAAGUGGCGCCCAAUGCCCUCGGCAGGCUUCGGCACCUGGAGGUGUUGAUUCUCAAUGACAACUUGAUAUCUGCACUGCCUACGAACAUCUUCCAGCACUUGCCGCUGACUCAUCUGGACUUGAGGGGGAACCAGCUGAAAGUGCUGCCUUACUCGGGUCUGCUGGAGCACAUGAACGGCGUGGUGGAGCUGCAGCUGGAGGAGAAUCCGUGGAACUGCUCCUGCGACCUGAUCGCCCUCAAGACAUGGCUAGAGAGCAUAUCGUACAUGGCGUUGGUCGGAGACGUGGUUUGCGAGUUCCCCUUCCGCCUCCACGGGAGGGAUCUUGACGAGGUCUCAAAACAGGAGCUGUGCCCGAGGAGAGCCAUCGCCGAGUAUGAGAUGCCGCCGCUGCCGCAUUUGAACACAGAAGCCUACUACAGGAGCACGCCGGCCAUUUCCACGGCCUCCUUAACUUCAUCUGGUAUUGCAAGGUCAUCGUCCAGACCGACCAAGGGACCUCGGCAGUCAGGUAAAUUAAAAUCAAGACCCACUGCUCGCCUGGCUGCAAAAAAACCUCAGAAUUACGGCCAAAUUAUUUCAUAUCAAACCAAAUCCCCCGUGCCUUUGGACUGCCCGUCUGCCUGCACCUGCAACCUGCAGAUUUCAGACCUCGGCCUGAACGUGAACUGCCAGGAACGAAAGAUUGAGCACAUUUCCGAUUUAGACCCCAAACCUUACAAUCCUAAAAAGAUGUAUCUCACAGGGAAUUAUAUCCCUGUGGUGCGGAGAACGGAUUUCAUUGAGGCAACCGGAUUAGAUUUGCUUCAUCUAGGGAACAAUCGGAUAGCUCAAAUCCACGACAAAGCUUUUGCUGAUUUGACUCAUCUCAGGAGACUCUACCUUAAUGGGAAUUUGAUAGACCAUCUUACAGAGGAUAUGUUCUAUGGACUAGAGAGCCUACAGUUCUUGUAUUUAGAAUACAACGUCAUUAAAGGGGUCGCAGCGGACACAUUCCAACACGUCCCCAAACUGCAGCUUUUGUUUUUGAACAACAACCUCUUGAAAACUUUACCCGUGGGAACAUUUAGCGGCCUCACGUUGGCGAGGCUCAAUCUUCGCAGCAACCAUCUGCGUUACCUGCCCAUCAGCGGUGUGAUCGAUCAGCUGACGGGAUUGGUGCAGGUGGAUUUGUAUGAGAACCCCUGGGAUUGCUCGUGUAGGAUUCUAGACUUGAAGAUGUGGCUGGAGCAGCUAAGCACGGGCACUGUCGUAAACAACGUCAUCUGCGGCUCACCGAAAAAGCUCGCCGGGGAAGAUAUGCGCUACAUAAAGACAACUAAUUUCUGCCCUAAUAACUCGGCUCCACUGGUGUCCGUAAUCCCACCCUCAGAGGAAUCGUUUCCUGGCAGCACAAUUACAAUUGAAACGCCAUUGGACUCUGACACUCAAUACGGAGCAAUCCCUUUAUCUGUGAUGAUCCUUGCCCUCGUGCUCAUGUUCAUUGUAUCUGUCUUCGUGGCAGCAGGAUUGUUUGUAACAAUGAGGAAGAAACACCAAAAGAGUCAAAAUGAGCACAACAAUUCCAUGAAUACUUGCAUCAGCUCUCUCAACAUGGAGUAUGGUUUGUACAAAAAAGGAACAAUCCCAAAGGUCAGGACAUCAGCUGGACAUGUGUACGAGUAUAUUCCGCCACCCUUGGAGCAAACUUGCAGAACCACAGGCCAAGCAUCCGCAGAUAGCAAAUCAGUGGAGGGAUUUCGGGAUUUCGAUGAGCUGAGCGGCCCCUUUCUGGGCAACUCUGACGAAGAAGCAGCCAGUAACGCAAUAGGCUCAGAAUACAGCACCACCACUCCCGAGCCUCUCAAUAAGCCCUCCACGCCACACCGAGAUGAUCCGUCUUACUACAGAGAAGUACUCAAUCAGGACCAGAACCCACGCUACAGCAAUACGCUACCAUGCAGGCACACGACGCGUCCGUCCAGCCAGUACACAUCAGACUUUAACGGAAGGCAUCAGUACGUGCCUCCCGACAGAGUACAACAGACAAUACUCUACUGUACAGCACCAAGUACUGUUUAUGUGGAGCCUAACAGGAGUGAGUAUUGGGAACUGAAAGCUAAGCUUCACAUUGAUCCGGAUUACCUUGAGGUGCUGGAGAAAAGAACAACAUUCACACAGUUUUAAGUAAGUGACUUCAGUGACAAACACACUGCCGUGAAGGACCAAUCGGGAAUUUGAACAUUCCGUCAAAACUGUUACAACUUCACAGUAUAAACUCUGGUACAACAAAUUGAAAGAUGCAGCAUGACGUUUACUGCUGCAUGCCAGGCCAUCUAAUCCCAAGUGGGUUCACUUAAACGCUGAGAUUUGAUUGUAAUCUGAAUACAUUUGGAAAUAUUGUUCUGGGUGACACAACUUUAAGUUGUGUUCUUUUUUAACCUGCACAGCAGCCUCUUAUAAUAAGACUUCAGUCUGAUUUUAAACUAUGGGUCCGUUUACCCAAGACAAUUUUGACAGAACAUGUAUUUGACAAAAUACAUUUUGGAGCUGCUUUAUUGUAAAUGUUGAAAAAUGCAUAUAUCCAAAAAUAGGAAAUAUGUUUAAGGGGCUAAUGUGGGCAUGAUGUCACUAUAAUACCAAUAAUGGCGGCACAGAACGGUAUGGUGUUUAUAUACUUGAUGAUACUUUUACUUAAUUUGAGAGGGAAAACAGAUGGUCAGCAUGCGCAUGGUGUUUCUUUAGAAAGUGACAUCGCCAACUACUGGCCUGGCAUGCACAUUACAGCAUAUUUUGUCAUUUUUGCAGGUCCACAUUAAGGAUCAUAAAAAAACCUCUCCAAAACACAGAAUAAAGCCGUUAUUAACCAUUGAAAACAGAUUUUGUUAAAGUAUGCAACAAACUGAUUUAAAAUGAUGCACAUGUCAGUGACAUGUUUUGACAUAUUUUGCAUCACCAUUUUUUUGGAGUGCUCUUAUUGUAUGAUUUUUUACUGGAUUCUUGUGAUGAUGCACAACAACAAAGGCUCGUUGCAACACACAUUUGUACAAGUGUUUCCUUGAAUGCGGCUGGCUUAACUAACCAACAUUGAUCCAGUCAUGGAUAAACAAUCUGUGCAGUUCAAGGGUAUCGUUCUAAACAUAGAUUGUUUGGGAUUUGUUAUCGUCACACCUGAUUUGAUUGUGUAACUAUAAAACUAUAACAACAUUUCAAGAUGCAAUUUACAGGAUUAUAGCCACAGUACUUUGAUUAAAAAAAAUUUUAAUAUUAUGAGAAUAAAGUUGUAAUUUUGCCUGAAUAUUGUCGUAAUAUUUGAAAAAACAUGUUUCCCAUUCAUAUUGUAAUAUAAAAUAAUACAAAAAGAAAGACAAUGUCCUUACAUUACAAGAGUUUUUUUUUUUUUUUGUAGUUUUUUUUACUGGUAGUAUUACCUAGUUAUUCUUUAAAAUAUAAACCGGUUCUUUAAAUCAGAUAAUAUUAUUGUUUUUUUCAAGUAAUAUUACAACUUAAUUUUCCCAAUUUAGCAAUUAAAAAAUAAAAUUAAAUAAAUAAAAUGUUUUCAUAAUAUUACGACUUUAUCCUGAUAAUAUUCCAAUGUUUUCUCCUCUCACAAUCGUCUUCGUUCUGGUAAAAAAAAAUUCCCCCACAGUCAAUAGACUGACUUUUUUUUCUUGUUUUAAGGCUGUUGUUCUAAAGUGACAAUUUUUUGGGAUUUGAUGGUUCUUUUGUUAGGGAUUUUUUGCAGUUAUCACAUCUGAUUUUUUUUUUUCUUUUUUUUUUUCACAUCUGAUUUGAUUGUGUAACUAUAAAACUAUACCAACAUUUCAAGGUGCAAUUACAGGAAUAUAGCUGCAGUACUAUGAUUGGAAAUGAAUACAUAUUUUAAAGAAUAAAGUUGCAAUUUUACCAGAAUAAAGUCAUAU